AUGGAGAAAAAACAAGGAUCAGCUGCAAAAAUUAAAUCUAAAACUAAUGUAAAAGAUGAAAAAAUUACAGAUUUGGCGGCAAAAAUUGAUGAAACGGAUGAAAUGAAACUAAAAAUGUUAGCCGGCUUAGAUAAGCCAGACCCGGAAGAUUUAUUGUAUCCUCCGGAAUUAAACGCUCAUCUUAUCGAACAACUGAAGAUAAUGACUGGUGAAAAUAAUGAACUCCGAAAGUGCGUUUUUACAAAAGAUGAGGAAAUAAAACAUCUCAAUAAGACCGUAACAGACUUAAAUCAACGUAUUCGUGAUAUUAUAUCUGGGUCAGGUCCCGCAAUAUCCUCAAAAUCUGCAGGCGUUAUAAGUGCGAAAAUAACAGAGCUCUGUAAACAAAAUCGCCACCUAGUAGCAGAAGUAGAAGGCUAUAAAACAAAAAAUGCUGCCUUGGAAAGAAAAAUUAUCCAAAUGGAUUUAAUUAAUAAAGAGAAUGAAAAACUGGAAUCAUGUCAUUGUAAAGAUGAACCGUUUGAUCCAAGCCCUGACGAAGUAAAAGGAUUGAAUAAUAAACUUACUAUCAUUAACAAGAAGUUAUAUGAAAGUAAAAACAGAAAUCUGGAAUUAAAGAACGAGAUUCUUAUAGCCACAAAAAUAUUGCAACAGGAAUUGGGGGAUAAAUUCACAAGUAUCAAAGAUUUGCAGAAUGAUUUGGCCGGCUGGAAAGGAAGAGCGCAGCAAAUUGCAUUGUUGCAAGGAAGAAUCAACGUGUUGGAAGAAAAACUAAAUGGUAAACACAAGGACUUACUCGAAGCAAAGAGAAAUGAUCAGUCUGUUUUGUUACGAGACUUGGAAAUGAAGCGAAAGAAAGAAGUCGAUAAGGCUAUGAAAGAUCUUGAACUUUUAAAAGAGGAUAACGCUGAUUUAAAGAAAAAAUUAGACGGCGCUCGAUGCAGAAUAAGAAAUUUGGAAUGCGAUGCAACUACUUUACGACAAAAAAUGCAAACGUAUGCAGAAAAAAGUAGCCACGACGAUCUUCUCAUUCAAGAGCAAAGGAAUCAAAUCAAAAGUUUAGAAUCCUAUUAUCAAGAGAUAUUGAAAGAGAAUACGGUAAAGAUGAACAAAAUGCACGGUGAAAUAGUUGAAUACCAAAAGCUCAUAAAGAAUACUGAUGCUAAAAUCGAUGCAUUAAGGGAGCAAGCAACAGAAAAGGCGGCAAAGAUAGAUGAAUUGAGGGCUCAGUUAUUGAGAUAUGAGGAGUGUUCCUUGCAAAGUGUUUUCUUUACGCCCAUGAAGACAGCUACGGAUAACGAAAUUAAAAACCUGUCUGAUUUAAUAAUCACUUUGAAUGAAAGGAUAGAUGAUGAGAGGCAUAAAUAUGAAGUACUUGAUACAUCUAAUAGGAAAAUUAAAGAAAAGAAGAGAAGACUUGAAAGAAAAGUGACACUACUCGAAGAAGAAUUAAAAAAUCUAAAGGACUCAAAAAGACCCUCAAGGACUUCAAAGACGGCACUUCAAAAGGAGCAAACAUUCGAUAUCUAUCCAUCAACUGCUCCAUCAUUGACUAAGAAGCAAUCUUCUAUCGCAGCAAUUGCUUUAAAAGCUAGUGAAACCGUUUCCGACGAGUCACCCAGCGAAGGUUAUGAUUUACUCGAUAAAGACGAAUUAAAAUAUAAACUUGAACUGGCUGAAGAAAAAUUAAAAAUAAUGGAGGAUAAACUUAAAAUGACAGAGGAAGAAAAGCAUGAUGAUUACAUACACCUUAUUGAUAUGAUUCAAACGUCCAAGCAGUUGUUUAACGAAGCACUAACCGUUUUAAAGAGGGACAAGUGUCAAUGUAUGACCUAA